AUGGGUCACCCCGAUGAGAUCAACACUGUCGAGUCACAGCCUACAUACAUUGACAACUCGGGAGAUUUCAAAGAAGAUGGUCAGGAUGAGCCCGUUGGCCUCAAGAGAGAGCUCAAGGCUCGCCACAUUUCUAUGAUUGCCAUUGGUGGUGCCAUUGGUACUGGAUUGGUUGUUGGUACUGGCAGCGCUUUGACAGCCGGACCUGGAUCUUUGCUUAUUGCUUACUGCUUCAUGGGUUUCGUCGUUUGGACGGUCAUGUGUGGACUGGGUGAAAUGGCUGCUUGGCUACCAUUGUCCUCCGGUUUCACUGGUUACGCUGGCCGUUUCUGUGACCCUGCUCUCGGAUUCACCCUCGGAUGGUGCUACUAUCUCAAAUAUAUCAUUCUACCACCCACGCAACUCACCGCUGCAGCUCUAGUCAUUACCUUUUGGCCGAAGACUUCAGCAGAGAAUGUCAAUCCUGGUGUUUGGAUUGCCAUCUUUAUGGUGGCAAUCAUCACGAUCAACUACUUUGGCGUGAAGAUUUUCGGUGAAUUGGAGUUUUGGCUCUCGUCUUUCAAGGUGAUUGUCAUCCUGGGACUCAUUUUGUGCUCUUUCAUCUUCGCACUAGGCGGCGGUCCCGACCACGACAGAAGAGGUUUCCGCUACUGGAGUGAGCCCGGCGCCUUCGCCACGAAAUAUGUCGAUGGUAGCCUUGGAAAAUUCCUUGCCUUUUGGUCGACAAUGGUGCAGGCCACCUUUGCAUUCCUCGGCACCGAAUUGAUUGGCGUGACUGUCGGAGAGGCCCAGAACCCCCGGAAGACCAUCCCCAAAGCCAUCAAGCUCACUUUCUGGCGAAUUAUCGUCUUCUACAUUCUCAGCGUGCUCUUCCUCGGCAUGCUGGUCCCAUACAAUUCCCCAGAUCUGGUUUUCGCCACUAAGGCUAAGAGCUCUGCUGCUGCCUCACCUUUUGUGGUGGCAAUGAAGCAAGUCGCUGCUCUUCCUCACAUCAUCAACGGAUGUAUCCUGGUGUUUGUCUUCUCUGCGGCUAACUCUGAUCUGUACAUUGCCACUCGAACUCUGUACGGUCUUGCCCGUGAGAAGAAGGCCCCUCAAAUCUUCGCUCGCACUAACCGAGCUGGCGUCCCAAUUUAUGCUCUGGCACUCUCGGCUUCUUUCUGCUUGCUCGCCUUUAUGAGUGUCUCCAAUGGCUCCAAGGAGGUCUUUGGAUAUUUUACCGAUAUGGUCUCAAUCUUCGGAUUGUUGACAUGGAUCUCCCUCUUGAUCACUCACAUCUUCUUCGUUCGCGCCCGACGUGCACAGGGCGUUGACCAGACAACACUGGCCUAUAAAGCUCCACUGGGAAUCAUCGGUUCCUGCGUUGCGCUCUUUUUCUGCAUCUUGGUGGUCUUCACUCGCAGCUUCGGUGUGUUUAUUCACAACCCGAAAACCUACGGCAAUUUCGACUACAAGACCUUUAUCACUUCUUACAUCGGUAUUCCCCUUUAUGUGAUUGCAUUUGCUGGGUGGAAGAUCUGGAACCGGACCGAAUUUGUCAAGCCCCACAAUGCUGAUAUCUGGACCGGAAAGGCUGAAAUUGACCGCGAAGAGGCCGAGUAUGUGGCUCAGCUGCUCAUCGACAACCAGAACUUGUCUGGUUGGAAGAAAAUCUACGCCAAAGGUCUGGCGUGGCUUUUCUAG